AUGGCGUUGGAUAGCUUCUUUCACAAUAAGAUUGAGAGCAUGAAGCUCGAGAUCAUCCAAGGUCAAGCUGUGCUACGAAGAUUGGAAGCUCAACGAAAUGACUACAACUCAAGAGUGCGACUUCUACGAGAGGAACUUGGAUUAUUACAACAACCCGGAUCCUAUGUUGGUGAGGUGGUCAAGGUUAUGGGUACGAAUAAGGUGUUGGUUAAGGUGCAUCCAGAAGGCAAAUAUGUUGUCGAUAUUGCGGAUGGUGUCGAUAUCUCAAAACUCACUCUUGGAAAGAGGGUGACCCUUCUAUCGGACUCCUAUAAGCUCGAAAAGAUGUUGCCGUCGUCCGUCGAUCCUCUCGUUUCCCUCAUGAUGGUCGAAAAGGUUCCAGAUAGUACGUACGAUAUGAUUGGUGGUUUGGAUCAACAAGUAAAGGAGAUCAAGGAGGUUAUUGAGCUUGGUCUUAAGCAUCCCGAACUUUUCGAAUCGCUCGGUAUAGCACAGCCUAAAGGUGUCCUUCUGUAUGGACCUCCAGGAACAGGAAAGACUUUGUUAGCAAGAGCUGUUGCACAUCACACCGACUGCAAAUUCAUUCGUGUAUCUGGUUCUGAACUAGUUCAAAAAUAUAUUGGUGAGGGUUCAAGAAUGGUCAGAGAGCUAUUCGUCAUGGCUAGAGAGCACGCGCCAUCCAUCAUCUUCAUGGACGAAAUCGAUUCCAUUGGAUCUUCACGUGUGGAAGGGUCUUCAGGUGGUGAUUCUGAGGUUCAAAGAACCAUGUUGGAAUUAUUGAAUCAAUUGGAUGGUUUUGAGCCAACUAAGGGAAUUAAGGUCAUUAUGGCUACCAAUCGUUUGGACAUCUUGGACCCGGCACUUUUACGACCAGGGCGUAUCGAUAGAAAGAUUGAGUUUCCACCGCCAACUGUUGAGGCCAGAGCCGAUAUUUUACGGAUUCACAGCCGCAGCAUGAACCUGACUCGUGGUAUCAACUUGACGAAGAUUGCAGAGAAGAUGAAUGGAUGCUCAGGAGCCGAGUUAAAGGGUGUUUGCACGGAAGCUGGAAUGUUCGCACUGAGAGAACGCAGAGUUCAUGUCACCCAAGAGGAUUUCGAUCUGGCGACAGCGAAGGUAUUGAACAAGCACGACGACAAGGAAGUUAGUUUAGGGAAAUUAUGGAAGUAG